AUGCGGGAGUUGAGGCUGGAGCCCGACGUCGUCAGCCACAGCGUCGGGAUUAGCGCGUGCGCGAAGGGCGGGCAGUGGCAGCCGGCGCUGGCGCUGUUGAGCGAGAUGUGGGAGGUGAAGUUGGAGCCCAACCUCAUCAGCUACAGCGCUGGGAUCAGCGCGUGCGAGAAGUGCGAUCAGUGGCUGCGGGCACUGGCGCUGCUCAGCGCCAUGCGCGGGGCGAAGCUGGAGCCCGACGUCAUUCAUCCUCGCUGGGAUCAGCGCGUGCGAGAAGGGCGGGCACUGGAAACAGGCUUUGGCGCUGCUCAGCGAGAUCUCGGAUUCGAAGGUGAAGCCCGACGCGGGGCCGGCCCUCGUCGGCUACACCGCCGGGAUCAGCGCGUGCGGGAGGGGUGA